AUGAACCCUAUUGGUCUGGCAGCAGCAUGGGACACUCUUAGGCCUGGAGUCGACCGUAUUCUUACCAAAUGGGACGAGGGUAUUAGUGCCAAUGAAUACAUGGUGCUGUACACCGCUACUUAUGAUUAUUGUACAAAUACAAAAGGAAUCUCAGGCAUAUCUGAGCAGCGUGCUGACCAAAAGGGUAAUUCCUUGAGUGCCAAUUUGAUUGGUGCCGAUCUUUACUUGGAACUCAGACGUCAUAUUGAAACCCAUCUUCAACAAACUACAGAUCUUGCUGCUGAUUUAAUAGAUGAUGCCAUUAUCAACUAUUACACUAAACACUGGACAAAAUUCACCGUUUCUGUCACUACUUUGAAUCAUAUUUUUGGUUAUUUGAACCGUCAUUGGGUCAAAAGGGAAAUUGACGAAGGCCAUAAAACCAUUUAUGAAAUUUACAUUCUUGCUCUUGUUUCAUGGAGAGACCAUAUUUUCCAGCGUCUACAAGAAAAAGUGAUAAAAGCUGCUCUCAAAACCAUUACUAAGCAGCGCAAUGGCGAAACUAUUGACACUGGUUUAUUAAAAACAAUUGUAGAGAGUUGCGUUUCGAUCGGACUUGAUGAAAAUGACUCUCGCAAGUCUACACUAGACAUUUACAAAAUUUACUUUGAGGCACCUUUUAUCGAUGCAACCGAGUCUUACUACAAGGCAGAAAGCGAGAUGUUUACUACACAGAAUCCAAUCACAGAGUAUAUGAAAAAAGCCGAGAUUCGUUUACAAGAAGAGGAAAAGCGUGUUGAAAUGUAUCUUCACGCCUCUACUCAAAAAACCCUGAUUACUACUUGUGAAACAGUUCUCAUAAAAAAUCAUACUGGACUUAUUCAAGAUGAAUUCCAAGCUUUGCUGGACAACGAUCGUGUCGAUGAUCUCAGUCGUAUGUACAGUCUAUUGCAUCGUGUUCCCGAGGGUCUUGAUCGCCUGCGUGUUAUUUUUGAAGCUCAUGUUCGCAAGCAAGGCCUUAUGGCGAUUGAAAAGGUUUCCGAGAAAUCUGCCAAUGAUUCUACCGAUGUCGAUCCAAAACUCUAUGUUGAUUCCCUCUUGUCUGUUCAUAAAAAAUAUGCUGAUUUGGUUCAAGUUGCUUUCAGAGGAGAAGCUGGCUUUGUUGCUUCUUUGGAUAAGGCCUGCCGCGAAUUCACUAAUCGAAAUUUGGUCUGCAAGACAAGCUCUAGUAAAAGUCCUGAGCUUCUUGCUCGUUACUGUGAUUCCCUUUUGCGAAAAAGCAACAAAAUGGCGGAAGAUACCGAGUUUGAAGAACUGCUGAGCAGUGUGAUGACUGUGUUCAAGUAUGUCGAAGACAAGGAUGUGUUUCAAAAGUUUUACUCAAAGCAUCUUGCCAAGCGAUUGGUUAACGGAACAUCAUCCAGCGAUGAUGGUGAAUUGCUGAUGCUGACCAAGUUGAAAGAUGCAUGCGGUCACGAGUACACUAGUAAACUUCAGCGCAUGUUUACUGAUAUGGGUGUUAGCAAAGACUUGGAUGACGCUUUCAAAGAACAGAUGCGCCGUAAUCAUGAAUCAGAAGAAUCACUUGAUUUUGGUGCACUUGUGCUUAAUACUGCCAGUUGGCCAUUCCAACCUCCCAAAUCUGGUCUCAAUAUUCCAGACGAUCUGCUUAAAAAAUACGAGCGUUUUCAACGAUUUUACCAAAGUAAGCAUUCCGGUCGUAAGUUGACGUGGCUAUUUCAGUUUUGUAAGGGUGAGCUCAAGACCAACUACACCCGCGGUUCAAAAACUGGCUACACAUUCCAAGUAUCUACCUACCAAAUGGCCGUUCUUCUCCUAUACAAUACUGCCACAUUGUACACACUUGAUGAGCUGCUAGGCACAACUGGAGUGGUCAAGGAUGUGUUACUUCCAACAGUGGGAUUGCUCGUCAAAGCCAAGAUUCUUCUUGUUCAAGGCGGUGCUCUUGGUGCUCCUUCUAGCCGAUAUGUUUUGAAUGAGGAUUUUAAAAGCAAAAAAGUCCGUAUCAAUGUUAAUUUGCCAAUCAAGACUGAACAAAAGGCCGAAUCGGAUGACACACAUCGUACUAUUGAGGAAGAUCGGAAACUGCUCAUACAGGCGGCGAUUGUGCGUGUGAUGAAGACACGAAAGACACUCAAGCAUGUUACACUUGUAACUGAAGUCAUUCAGCAACUACAAACCCGCUUCAAACCCCAAGUAUCUGACAUCAAAAAGUGCAUUGAUAUUCUUCUUGAAAAAGAGUUUAUUGAACGUGCUGAUAACCAAAAGGAUGUAUUCAACUAUCUUGCUUAA